AUGGAGCAGCUAUCAGAUGAAGAAGUUGAUCAUGGUGCUGAAGAAGAUAGUGAUAAAGAAGAUCAGGACCUGGACAAAAUGUUUGGAGCCUGGCUAGGGGAGCUAGACAAGCUCACUCAGAGUUUGGAUUCCGACAAGCCCACAGAACCAGUAAAAAGGUCACCUCUUCGCCAAGAAACAAACAUGGCCAACUUUUCUUAUCGUUUCUCAAUAUACAACUUGAAUGAAGCCUUGAAUCAGGGGGAAACUGUGGAUCUCGAUGCCCUAAUGGCUGAUCUUUGCUCCAUAGAGCAGGAGCUCAGUAGUAUCGGUGCUGGGAACAGUAAGCGUCCAAUCACAGAAACAAAAGCCGCUCAAAAAUUACCUCCCAGCCGACCGGCAACUAAACAUGGCACCUUGAGAGGAUUAUCUUCUUCGUCUAAUAGAAUAACUAAGUCUUCACAUGCCAACUACUCCCUGGAUGACAUCACUGCCCAGUUAGAACAGGCCUCCUUAAGCAUGGAUGAGGCUGCCCAGCAAUCUCUCCUGGAAGAUCCCAAGCCCAUAGUCACCAAUCAGCAUCGACGAACCGCCUCCGCGGGCACAGUGAGUGAUGCUGAUGUUCGCUCUGUCAGUAAUUCCUCUCGGUCCAGCAUCACUUCAGUUGCCUCCAGCAUGGACUCUUUGGAUAUUGACAAAGUAACACGCCCUCAUGAUCUGGAUUUGACACAUCCAGGGCAGCCAAUUACUGAGGAAGAACAGGCCGCAAAGCUGAAAGCUGAGAAGAUACGAGUAGCAUUGGAGAAGAUUAAAGAGGCACAAGUGAAAAAGCUGGUGAUCAGAGUCCACAUGUCUGACGAUAGUUCUAAAACAAUGAUGGUGAAUGAGAGGCAGACAGUGAGGCAAGUACUGGAUAAUCUGAUGGACAAAUCUCACUGCGGUUACAGUCUAGACUGGUCACUUGUGGAAACCAUCUCUGAGCUACAAAUGGAGAGAAUCUUUGAAGACCAUGAAAACCUGGUUGAAAAUCUUCUAAACUGGACAAGAGAUAGCCAGAACAAACUUCUCUUUAUGGAGCGUAUAGAAAAAUAUGCACUUUUCAAAAACCCACAGAAUUAUCUUCUUGGAAGAAAGGAAACUGCUGAGAUGGCAGAUAGAAACAAAGAAGUGCUGUUGGAGGAAUGUUUUUGUGGCAGUUCUGUGACUGUACCAGAAAUUGAAGGAGUCCUUUGGUUGAAAGAUGAUGGCAAAAAGUCCUGGAAGAAACGUUACUUUCUCUUACGAGCGUCUGGUAUCUAUUAUGUCCCUAAAGGAAAAGCAAAGGUCUCGCGGGAUCUGGUGUGCUUUCUUCAGUUGGACCAUGUCAAUGUUUAUUAUGGACAGGACUAUCGGUACAAAUAUAAAGCACCUACAGACUAUUGUUUGGUGCUAAAGCACCCACAAAUUCAGAAGAAAUCUCAGUACAUCAAAUACCUUUGUUGUGACGAUGUGAGGACACUGCACCAGUGGGUCAAUGGUAUCCGCAUUGCAAAGUAUGGGAAGCAGCUCUAUAUCAACUAUCAAGAGGCCUUAAAGAGAACAGAGUCGGCUUAUGACUGGACAUCUUUAUCCAGCUCCAGCAUUAAAUCAGGAUCUAGUUCUUCCAGCAUCCCAGAAUCUCAGUCAAAUCACUCGAAUCAGUCUGACAGUGGAGUGUCCGACACCCAGCCUGCCGCUCACGUCCGUUCCCAAAGCAUCGUGAGUUCUAUCUUCUCUGAGGCCUGGAAGCGAGGGACUCAGCUGGAAGAGUCUAGCAAGGUCCGAACAGAGCCCGUGAACCGACCUUACACGUCCCUGAUGCCCCCGUUAUCCCCACAGCCCAAGGUGGGCACCCCACAUGCUGCCUCACAGCCGGCCCCACCCCUACCCCCGCCUCCGCCGCCGCCCCCACCCCCCCCGCCGCCCCCACCGCCCCCUCUGCCCGGCCAGUCCGCGCCCUCGGCCACCUCGGCAGCCCCCCUGUUCGUCAAGUACAGCACCAUCGCCCGGCUGCAGAACGCCCAGCACGCGGGGCCCCUGUUCAGGCCCCCAUCCGUGACCCCUCAGCCCCCAAAGCCCCAGAUCCCGGUGCCCCCCAGUGGGGUCGUGCCGCCGCCCCCGCCCCCGCCGCCGCCCCCCACCCCGGGCUCGGCCAUGGCUCAGCUGAAACCGGCACCCUGCCCCCCGGCCCAGCCCUGCACCCCGGCCCUUCCGCCCCUGAAGAUUCACCAUGGGCAGCACCACACCCAGCCCCAGGGGGGUCCCCAGACACCCCCGCCGCCUUCUCCCGCUGCUGCGCCCCUCCCUCCCCAGGCCCCGCCGAAGCCCUUGGUGACGAUCCCCCCGCCUGCCAGUGGCACCAAGGCUGGGCCUCUGGCUGUUGCGCCCCAACUUCUGCAGACGCCCGCGCCGCAGCCACCUCCUCCUCCUCCUCCGGUGCCCCCGGCCAAGAAGCCGCCGGCCUUCCCCGUCGCCCCCAGCGCACCCUCCGCCCCGGGCCCCCCACCCACCUUCCCCAAGCAGCAGAGCUUCGGGGGGAAGCCCCCGGCCUCCCCGCUGUCCCCCGCGGUGAAGCAGCUGGCCAGCCACUUCCCGCCGCCCCCGGAGCCGCAGCCCGUCAAGCCCUUGCCCGGCAGCGCCGCCCCGCAGUCCCCGCCGGCCGUGAAAGCCAAGCCCAAGUGGCAGCCGGGGCCGGCACCGUCCCCCGACUUCCCCCCGCCGCCCCCCGAGAGCAGCCUGGGCUUCCCGCCGCCGCCCCCGCCGCCGCCGCUCCCGCCACCCGUGUCCGCCACGCCGACGCCCGCGCCCGCGGUGGCCCCCGACUGGAGCGGCUCUCCGGGCAGAAAGGGCCCCGGGAAGGCGGCCAGCCCGGGGGGCAAGAAGCCGCCCCCCACGCCGCAGCGCAACUCCAGCAUCAAGCCGGAGCCCAAGCGGCCUUCGGUGGACAGCCUGGUCAGCAGGUUUGCUGCUCCCGCAGAGCCCCCCGCGUCGCCCCCUCCCGCAGCGCCCCCCAAGCCCGGGAAGCUGCACCUGCCAGGGGUGAACUUCCCCGGGGGCCCCCAGCCAGCGAGCGCGCCUGCCAGACCCUCGGCGCCCUCGGUGCCCGGCGGGCGCGGGAAGGACCCGGCGGCCGAGUUCCCGUCCCCGCCCUCUGACUCCGACUUCCCGCCGCCGCCCCCUGAGAUCGAGCUUCCUGUGCCCCCCGUGGACAUCCCCGCCGUGUUCGCGGGCAGCACCUCGCCGAGGGUGGCCGUGGUCAACCCACAGCCGCAGCAGCAGCCGCCGCAGCCGCAGCCGCCGCCGCAAUGGUCCAGAACGGCCUCCAAGAAGGCGCCGCCGCCCACGCGCCCCAAGCGCAAUGACAGCACCCGUCUCACUCCGGCGGAGGGUCCUGAGCCGCCUGCAGCCGUGGCCACCUCCACUGCCACCGCCACCACCUUGCCCCAAGUGCCCACCUCGCCCAAGUCCAGCCUUAGCGUCCAGCCCGGCUUCCUGGCCGACCUGAACCGGACCCUGCAGCGCAAGUCCAUCACCCGGCACGGCUCGCUCUCCUCGGCACGCCUGUCCCGCGUGGAGCCCACGGCCACCAUGGACGACAUGGCGCUGCCGCCGCCGCCCCCCGAGAUGCUCUCGGAUCAGCAGAAAGCCGCUUUCGGGGGCAGCCACAUAUCAGGCUAUGCAACCCUGCGGAGAGGGCCCCCUCCUGCUCCCCCCAAAAGAGACCAGAACACCAAGCUCUCGAGAGACUGGUAGCCAGCCACCCGGGCCCCUCUUGUUUUGUGGGAUCUGUCAAUGGGUUCUGAAGUCAGCUCACCUGGGCAGAGGGACUCAGUGUCCAGAGCCUCCUGGGGGAUGAAUUCAGGUAGUGUCCAGCUGUAGUGUAAGUGUGUAUACACGCAGCUGUAGUCUGUAUAGGUAUGUAUACAUAUGUGUGUAUGUAUGUGUGUGUGUGUAUAGAGAGAGAGCUGAGAGUGAUUCUAUUUAUUCCUUUUCUUUCCUGGCCUGCCCAAAAGUGGGUUUUGUGUAUUUUGGGGUACAAGAGGCAUGGAAGGGUGACAUGUGAGUCCCGUCCCUUAGAAUUUCUGUUAUUUUUGUGGAUUGGAGCAAAAGUUUCUCAUGAGUCAUUUAGAAGGGAUUUUUUUCGUGCCCACGAUGUGCAGCCUAUCUGCAUGUUGUAUAUUAUAUAUUAAGGACUUGAUGUCUAAUGUCCUGUUUCUCAGAGAAGAACAGCAAGAAUCUUUGAUAUGUCGAUAGGCUUUCUGUGGUUUGAUUUUUUUCUUUUUUUCCUCUCCCAGCUGGCUUAAUUUGAACUGCUUGACUAUUACUAUCCAUAAAGGGGCACUUUAAAUCAGGAAAAAUCUCUCAGCUUCCUAGAACGGGUAAAUAGUGGUGUGGUGAAGUUUCAUGAACAUACUUUGUACAUGGCUACAAGUGUGUUGAGAGCCAAUGUGUGGUGUAGCUCGGCUGUUCCAGCUGAGAACUGCUGUGUGGAUCCCACCAGAUCCAUUUCUGGUCGCCACAGGUAAGCUCGCUGCCUACAACCCAUAGAUGACUUAGACUUAGUCUUAAAAAUUCUGGGUAAUCUAGAUUCUGCCAGAACCCUCUUCAUGAACUUGUGAAACUGAAUCAGGCUUGGUUUCAGGUUGUUAAUUUGUUGUGAGAGUAUCUCCAAUACAGUAUCCCUGGAAUAUUCUGUCCCAGUAUAUAUCAUUGGGGUUACCAGUUAUCUUAACAGUUUGUGCUUGGGUAGAUAAUGAAAUUAGGUAUUUGUAGGCAGUUGCUUCAUAAAGUUUAUACAUCCUUUAUCCAAUUUGGUACAUCAUUACAACAGUCACCUUCUGAAA